AUGGCCCUUCACUCAGUAUUUUUCGCCGGACUCACGCUCUUAUACUGUUCCUGGAUACAGCCGAAGGGCAUAUACACCAUAUCAACCGCAAAUGAUAUAAACGCAUGCAGCAUUGUCCUUUAUGUUAUUACCGAAAGGUGGCCAGCCGCACGUCGCUACCGUGACAUCUUCGAAAUUCUCAAACAAAGCGUCCAAGACACAAUUGAAGAAGGUGGAUAUCGACCUAGGCGACCAAUUAAGCGCCUAAAACCAAAUUUUCAUGAAACAUUGAAGAACAUUCACCCUAGCGAUGGUGGUCGUGAUGAUUUCUCUACUCUGGUGGCCGAGAUGUCUGGUCACGACUGUGGCAUGGAUGGUUCCACAAGAACUCCUGGCUUUGCGGAUAUCCAGCAAACUCCAGGAUACUAUAACAAUGUAGGGACUGAGUCUCUUUCUGUUGAUCAGUUAGAAGGACUUGAUAUUCCAUUCGACUUCCUUGAGCAGGCCCAGGGACAAGAAUGGCUUCUGCAGGCAGACUUCGAUGCAACUGCUGGCUUUCUGAUUCCAGACUCUAUUCUUUAG